UUUUCAAGGAUUUCGGUGGCGUUCGCUUCAUGUAAAGGUUCUUCGGAGAGACUUAUGCGCGUUCCUCGGUUCAGUGGGAAGUUGGGAGUCGUUGGUUGCUCUCAGAAUCACAGACCACAACAGGAUCUCUCUCAUAUAUGGCAUUAAAGCAGAUGAUGAUUUGGUUUUUGUUUGCAAAUAUUUUCCUUGGUGAAGGCAGACAUCUAAAAGAGAUAUCGAGUUGACGUCCUCUUUCUUGAAAAAAAAUAAAGAGUUUUAUAUUUCACCCCUCCUUCCACCUGCCAACUCUUCAAAGGCCAUUCUUUCAUCAUCAGGAAUCCUGCCAAGAAAAACCCAACAAGGCUAAAAGCCAUUUUUGGAGAUCUCUCGCAUAAUUUAGCCACUGCUUUGAGCUCUUCAGGAUUGGAAGACUAUGGGUUUGUGCUUCCAUUGGUUAAAUACGGUCUUUCUCUUGUUCAAAGCAUAGAGGAUUUGCCAGAGGGGCAGAGGAUUUGGGUCCUGUCUUUUAUGGCUUUCAGUUGGAUUUACUUGAAUGCAAGGCCUGGAGUGUUGAUCGGUGCAAUCGAUGCUUAUCUUUUGGCACCCUUGCAACUAGGUCUUGAUAGUGUCUUAGGGAGGAGGAACCUGAAGAAGACGGAUUUUGUGCUAGGGGACAGGUUGGGAGAAGGAACAUUUGGGGUGGUUUAUUAUGGGGCAAUGGUGCCCAAGAAUUCUGGGUUGCAGGAGGAGGAGGCAGUAAGGAGGACGGGGAGGAGGGUCAGAAGCCCACAAAUGGAUGAAAGGUUUAAGAAUUCUCAGAAGGUCAUUCUUAAGAAGGUCAAGGUUGAAAUUGAAGGAGCCAAAGAAUGUGGAGACUUUGAGGAGUGGUUCAACUAUAGACUCUCAAGAGCUGCUCCAGAGACUUGUGCUGAAUUCCUCGGGAGUUUCGUGGCUGAUAAAACGGUUUCACAAUUUACCAAAGGUGGCAAAUGGCUAGUUUGGAAAUUUGAGGGGGAUCUGACUCUGGCUGACUACAUGAACCGCAAUUUCCCAAUGAACUUGGAAUCCAUAAUGUUUGGACGUGUUUUAAAGGGAAUGGAUACUACCCAAAGGAAUGCAUUGAUCAUCAAACAGAUAAUGCGUUAAAUUAUCACUUCUCUCAGGAAGAUUCAUGAUACAGGCAUUGUUCAUCGAGAUGUAAAGCCAGCAAACUUGGUGGUCACCAGAAAAAGGCAGAUAAAGCUUAUUGACUUUGGGGCUGCAACUGAUUUACGAAUUGGCAAGAACUAUGUACCAGAUCGGGGACUGCUUGAUCCAGACUAUUGUCCCCCAGAGCUGUUUGUGCUUCCAGAAGAGACACCAAGUCCUCCCCCGGCACCCAUUGCAGCUCUUUUUUCUCCAAUUCUGUGGCAGGUUGAAAUUAUUAUCAGCUAAGAAGCACAAGCACCCUGCAUCUCAUUUCACAAAUUUGGGGAUUAAGAAAAUGCAUGUAGAAGAAAAACCAGAGCCAAGUGCAUGAGGAAAGAGUGUACCACUAAAACUAAGAAACAGAGACAAGCCAACAAUUGAUUUGGAUUGGAAAAUUUUGUAGCUUGAGCAGCUUAGCCACUUGUAACAGAGUCACGCUUAGGUUUUGUCAAACAACACUCUACUUCAUGUUUCCGAGCAGAGAAAAUUAGAAAUAUGAUUAUCUCUUAAAAUUGGCAGAUUCCAAAAUGGAUGUUGUGCAUGUAUCAUAGAAGUUGAAGUAAUUUUUUACUCUUAAUCCAUAAGCUGGCAAAGUGGAUGAAUAACCAUGUAUCAUUUUCGCCUGCAAGUGGGUUGGCUGGAUCUAAUGUCUCACAUGGAGGAUGUGUUUCCAUGUCGAAAGUUGACACCUGUAAAAAUAUCAUCUGGAAAAUAACGA